AAGUCCGAAAGACUGGAAAAUUCUGGCUUCUUCUGAUUGUGGUCUGUCACAUUUUAGCAUUAUGUGUCGAAUUAGCUAUCGUUAUAUAAACUUCUGGCUCGAAACUCAACAAACACUGAAUUUACGGAUGUUUGUCCCACUACACUUUCAUUAAUCCUUUCUGAAGGACUGUCCCAGACCUUGGAUGGAGUCAGCAUCAAAGUUUUUGCUGUUUAGUGUCAUCACACAGAGGCACUUCAGGUUUCAGGAGUCAGGCUGUCAAAGACAUCAGCGUGGGGAAAAUGGUCAAAUAUUUUUGUAAUAAGACAGACAUAAAGAGUACGUGGGACCAUGUUGUCUCAGCUUUUUGGCAGAGGUACCCAAAUCCCUUCAGCACUCAUGUUCUCACAGAGGACGUUGUGUACCGGGAGGUGACUGCGGACCACCUACUCCUCUCCAGACGCCUCUUGAUGAAGACCAAUCGGCUGCCUCGUUGGGCAGAGCGUUUCUUCCCUUCCGGCAUGUCUCGGUCCGUGUACAUCAUCGAGGACUCCAUCGUGGAUCCCAUCAACAGGAGAUUGACCACCUACACCUGGAAUCUCAACCAUACAAAAGUCAUGUCUGUAGAAGAGCGUUGUGUUUUCCAAGAUUCAGCGGAGCAGCCGGCAGCCACGCAACUCAAACGGGAGGCGUGGAUUUCUUCAAGCAUCUUUGGCUUCUCCAAACCUAUUCAGGAGUUUGGACUGGCUCGCUUUAAGAGCAACCAGAAGAAAGCCAUGAAGGGGCUUGAAUACGCACUGUCUAAUUUACAAGGAGAGACGCCCCAGCGGCUGCUCAGGGACACCAUGAAGGACGCGUCGGAGAAGGCCAAAGAGGCAGCGAAGACCCUCGCCUCCGCCGCCCCCCAGAAACCCCAGCAGUACGUCUGACAGGGAGUCUGACGGAGAACAAGGCCUUCCCAUCGCCUCCGCACUCGAAGCAGCCUCAGUGGAUUCACCCCCUGCUGUGAGACAGUUCAGUGUUUGUCGGCACUCUCCGUAUGUUUUUGUUCUUAACGUUUUAUCAAUUCUCAGGUUCUGAGCUUUUGUUUCUUUAUUUUCUGUAAAAAAUUUUUUUAAAAAAGUCUGCCUUUCAAACCUGCAGCUUCUUUUACAUUUUUAACAGCGUCAGAUACAACUCAACUUCUGACUUAUUAGGCUUUAUUUGAUAAACUUGUGUAAUUUGGCCUUCAUCCCGUUUUAUCUAUUUACAUCUAUAAAGAAAAGUAAAAUAAUUUUGGUGUGAGAUUUCCAGAUAAAACUUAAAUGUGUAAUUUUCUUGAAAGUUUGUCUAUCAUGAGUUUUCAACGAGUCAAAAAGGAAACCCUGCGUUUGUACUGACCUGUGAUGUUGCUCUCGUGAUUAAAUCAGAAAGCAGAAGUUGCUCCCAUACUGUCGCCGACAAUCACAACAAAAUGACUUGUGUCAGAAUAUCACUUUGACCUGCGCUCAGAUUUACUGUAUAAUGUGAUUUUUACUGUGUCACUGAAGUGCAAUGAUGAAACUAGAUCAUUCAGUUCUGCCUUUCUGUGAAGUUUUAUCUCGUGAUAAAAAUAAUGUAAACAUUUCAAGACUGCAUUCCCUUUAAAUUGGAAUUAGCUGGAUGUUUCUUUCAUUUAUUUGUUAAAGACUUGGAUUAUUGUCAGACACAAGUCAAUGUGAAGUAUUUUUAUUAAUUAUUUAGAAUUAGACCUUUGUAAUGAUUUCAUUUAUUUCAAAUAAUUGUCUAAAAUCUGGAUAGAGCUGCUCGUUAACACCUUAAAAUAUUGUGAAGUUUUAUUGUCAAAAUAAGCUUGAAUAAAAACUGAUAAUUUA